UUUUAUUUAAUGAGAGGGAGGAACGCCAUUUACUCAUCUCAGUGGGCGUACCUGGGAGCAUGCAUCCCGUGAUUGGUGGUGAAGAGAGUGGCGCGUGCUCCCUCUUCUCUCUCGCACUCAAAAGCCAGAAGUAAAAGCUAAAAAGCGCCGCCUCACCACCACCAGGCCCGCUUCCUCUCUGGAGAAGGAGUAAUUAGCAGCAUGGCAAUGCCAAAGGAGCAAUUUUUCCUUAUUCUCAUCUCCUUCUCUUCCCUCAUAUACCCCUCCCAGUCCAGACUCUCCUACAACUACUACUCCAAAUCCUGUCCAAACUUCAACAAAAUCAUGCAAGAAACAGUAACCAGCAAGCAGAUCACCAGCCCCAGCACCGCAGCUGGCACUCUCCGCCUCUUCUUCCACGACUGCUUAACCAAUGGCUGCGAUGCCUCCAUCCUCAUCUCCUCCACCCCUUUCAACUCCGCCGAGCGUGAUGCUGACAUCAACCUUUCCUUACCCGGCGACGCCUUCGACCUUGUCACUCGCGCCAAGACCGCCCUCGAGCUCUCCUGCCCCAACACCGUCUCCUGCGCCGACAUCCUCGCCACCGCGACCCGCGAUCUCGUAACCAUGGUCGGUGGCCCUUUCUACAAUGUCCUCCUCGGGCGCAAAGAUUACCGCAUCAGUAAAUCUUCGUAUGUUGAAGGAAAUCUGCCAAGACCCACCAUGCCUAUGUCUAAAAUUAUCAGCUUGUUUGCUGCUAAAGGUUUCGGUGUCCAAGAAAUGGUGGCACUGAGCGGUGCUCAUACAAUUGGUUUCUCUCAUUGCAAGGAGUUCAAGAGUUAUUUGUAUAACGACACGCAUUAUAAUCAGAGAUUUGUUCAGGCGUUGCGAAAUGCUUGUGCGGAUUAUCCAAAGAACCCAACUCUGUCGGUGUUCAAUGAUAUAAUGACACCAAAUAACUUUGAUAAUAAGUAUUUUGAUAAUUUGGGUAAAGGGUUGGGGCUAUUAGAGUCAGAUCAUGGGUUACAUAACAACCCAAUGACAAAUCCUUUUGUGGAGAUUUAUGCCAAGGAUGAGAAGAAAUUCUUUCAGGAUUUUGCGAGAGCCAUGGAGAAGCUGAGUGUUUAUGGGAUCAAGACCGGGAGGAGAGGCGAGAUUAGGCGCAGGUGUGAUGCCAUUAAUUAACUCAGCCCUCUCUUUUCCAUAUUUUUAAUUAUUGAUUGUGAUUGAGAAGAGAGUGAUUUUAGAUGAUGCAUGGUGUUUUGUUUUUGCUAUUACAAUUCUUUCUUUUUCUUGAUAAUCUGUGUAUUCCAAUGUUUGCACCAGUUGCAGGAGCAUGAUAAUUUAUAUGAUAUCAAAGCUUUAUUAUA